AUGCUCAUCCUUAAUCCCCUCGAUGGUGGCUACUCAAAUUGUUGCGAUAAAUGCAUGAGAGAUUUCUCUCAACAAGUGUCUUCUACUCAUCUCUGUCACCAUUGCAACAAGAGUUUUUGUAGUGUUCAUUCGAAUUAUCAUAUGAAAUAUUUUCCAUAUCAUUACUUGACGUUGGUGAAGAGAGAUAAUGACAAGAGUGAUUCAACAAGUAGUACUAUGGAAGAAACAGCUUCAUCCUCCUUGGAUUCGGAUUCGAGUAGUGAGGAUGAGCAACGACCCUCACGGAAAUUUGCAUUCAACGAAGAGUAUUCAAUGCUUCAUCUCCAAAUCCUCUCUCAUAAACAGCAGCAACAACGUAUUCGAUCACAAUUUGAGGAUUUAAAAGAUGAUUUGAAACGAUGGGAACAAGUGCAUUUUCGAAAAUUUUGUAAUCUUUCGGAUGAAUUUGAAGAUAUUGAAAAACAUCGAUUGGAAUUGAAAUUGGAAUCUCAACGCAUCUUUGUUUCCCUCCGUAAAGCACUCUAUGAAAGAGAGGAUGAAGUGUCUCAGAAUAUUGAUAAAAUUUGUAAUGAACAAAAAGAAAUGGUCAUGAAAAUUAGUUCACUCAAGAACAAUCUUCGAAUUAUUAUGGCAGAAAUUGAAAUGAUGAAUAGUGAUGAAAGUAAUUAUGAGAAAAUGGAAAGGAAAUUGCAACAAUUGAAUGCAACCAUUGAUUCAUUGAAAUUGCAGUGUCAAUCUCAAGUGUCGAAUGGAAUUCAAAAUUAUCAUUUGAGAUAUUUGCCAAUCCUUCAAGAAAUUGAGCAAGAUAUUCACAGAUUGUGUCAUUUACAAAAAAUUAACUAA